AUGGCUAAGAAAUCUACUAAGGGCAAGUCAGCUACUCCUCCAACGGAGGAUUUUAAUGCUAACGAUAAGAAGGGAAAGAAAGGGAAAGACUUGGCUGCUGCAGAAGAAAAAAAGUUGAAACAUAGAGAAAACAGAGCCAAAGUUACCAACACUUCGAGCUGGACCGGUAAGCUUCCACACACUUUGUUGUAUGAGGUUGCACAGAAACGGAAGUGGAAUAAAGUAGAAUAUGAAAUGAAGAAGAUUGGCACCAAGGGAAUGCUUUCUAUUGCAUGUGUAUCUUAUACGGACCCGAAAUCUAAGGAGACAGUUACUGUUAGAAUGAAUGAUCCAACUUACAACAAGACUAGUGGUAUGGGACUUUUAAUUCCACAGGAGACGGCAAUUGAAGCUCGGAAUUACGCAGCGACGGUUGCGUUAUAUAGAAUUGCAUAUAAUACUAAUAUGCACAUGAUGCUACCAUCGAACCAUAAGAAGUUAUGGCACGAAUUGGAUGAUUAUAGAAAGCAGCUUUUGAAGGAAAAUCCAGCUAGAUGUAGCAAGGUUUUUGAUGUGGAUCCUUUAAAGACGUUAUUGGAGGAGCAAAAGUUGACGCUUCAAAAAGAAGCGAAACGGGAAGUUAGAAAGCAACAAGAUGAGAAAAUAAGAAAAGCUCCUGUGAUUGUAACUUCUGUCAACAAGAAGAAUAUAUCGACUUCAUUAACUGAGGGCAAAGUAAUAAAGCCUUCUAAACCUGAAGGUUCCAGCCGGGUUGUGAAGUUCUCAUCCAAGGUCUGGGAGUCGUCAACUUUUGCUGACAUAGAGGAAUCAUCGAGAAAUUUAAUUGAAACUUCUUUGAAGGUUCAUAUAGACUGGAGAACAAAACGAUACGGGGGUGUAGAAACUGCAGAAAGACAAGCCAUUAGAAGCCAGUUACUUGAAUUUGGGUUUAGGACUUCGCAUGUUGAAGAGGCAAUGCAGUACAAAGAUCCUCUUUCCUUUCUCCUGUUCAAUUUGCCAGAAGACGACCUACCGCUGUUUUUUCAAAAACGUAAAGAGGAUUCCAACAUUAAGGUUGAAAUUACAAAGUUACCGCUAUCAUCAAGAAAUUCAAUUGAGCGUCUCAUGGAAUCUGGUGUCUCAUAUGAUGAAGCAUUACUUGCUUUGCAAAAUUCCGCAUUCAAUGAAUCAGAUGCGGCAGCUAUUUUAACUGAAUCAAUUAUACCUUCGAUAGCCCACAUUGAUGAAAUAACAGAGGAAGAAUCCAGGCAAAUAUGGGAUCAAGAACUAGAAUCACUUUCCAGCAUUUAUGAGGAUAAAAUUGACAUUGUGGACAAAGAUUCGUGCUUUACUAUGGAGUUAAAUAAAAAUUUUAAUCUUAAGUUGAAGGUAUACAAGUCGAGGAACUAUCCUAUGAGGUUACCGGGAAUCAUUGUUUCCACAUUUAAUAAAAAUUAUAAAUUACCCAACUAUAUCAAACAGCAGAUACUUUACAGGUUACUACAUUACAUCUCAGUUUCUGGAUUGUUGGGCGAUAUGUUGGUGUUUCAUAUAUUUGAAUGGUUACAGGAGAACCUGUCAUCUAUUAUAGAAAACCCUGGACCAUUAUUACCUUUGGAUUUGAACCAAAAUGGAGAAAGCCAAAACAAUCAACGUAGUUCUACAAAAAAAUAUAUUAAAUCGAAGAGUCACUCUUCCAAAGAGCUAUCUCAAGAUGAAAUAUUGGUACUUGAGAAGGCUUAUAAAGAAAGGCUCAAUAGUUCUGAGUAUUUAUGCAUGAUUAAACAAAGAUCUAAAUUACCAGCAUGGCAUAAACAAGAUUUGAUUGUAGAUAUGGUGUAUCGUAGCGACGUCAUUCUAAUUACUGGUGAAACAGGUUCUGGUAAAUCUACGCAGGUUGCACAAUUUUUAUUGGAUCAUUUGAUGAAUACCAAGAAAGAUUUUUCCAAAGUCAAACUAUUAUGUACACAGCCCAGAAGAAUUUCGGCUAUUGGCCUUGCAGAAAGAGUGUCUGAUGAACGAUGCACACCAUGUGGGGAUGAAGUUGGAUAUAUCAUUAGAGGCACAAAUAGAAGCGGUCCCAAUACCAGGAUAACAUUCAUGACCACCGGUAUCUUAGUGCGAAUUUUGCAAGGUGAUGUAAACUUCUUGAAAAAUAAGAUUAUAAUAAUUGAUGAGGUUCAUGAAAGAAGCGUUGAAACCGAUCUGAUCGUUAUAAUGUUAAAAAACUUGUUGGGAAAGAUACCCGGUAUGAAAAUUGUUUUAAUGAGUGCUACUGUUAAUAUUGAUAUAUUUAAGCAAUAUUUUGAAGGGUUAAAACAAUGCCAUAUCGAAGGUCGUACAUUUCCUGUGACUGAUUAUUAUUUGGAUGAUAUUCUUAAGACCUUGGAUUUUAAGAUUAGAAAUGACAGAUAUCAGUAUGAGAAUGAUGAUUCAGAGGUUGAAAAUGCUUAUUUGAGGCCCAAGGCAGAUUCUAGGUUUUUUCAGAGCGGUCAGAUUAAUUAUGACCUAAUUGUAGAUACCGUUACACAUGUUAAUCAGAGAUUAAAAGGAGAGGGGAACAAUGGGUCUAUCAUAGUUUUUUUACCCGGUGUAGGUGAAAUUAACAGAUGCAUUGAAAAGUUAAAGCAAUCAGUUAAGCCUGAUGAAUUUGUUGUAUUACCUUUGCAUUCUGCAUUGACGUCAGAAUUUCAGAAAAGGGUAUUCGUGAGGUUCACUGGAAAACGCAAGAUAGUUGUCUCUACAAAUAUUGCGGAAACAUCCAUUACUAUCGACGACUGUGUGGCAAUUAUUGAUACUGGUCGUGCCAAGGUUUUGAAUUAUAACCCAAAAGAUAACACUACCAGGUUAGUCGAAACUUUCAUUUCUAAAGCUGAGGCUAAACAACGUAGAGGUCGUGCCGGUAGAGUAAGAGAAGGAUACUCUUACAAACUAUUUUCCAAGAAUAUAUAUGCCGAUAUGCUAGAGUCUCCAAUACCAGAGAUUAAAAGGAUUCCUUUAGAAUCGCUAUACCUAUCGGUCAAGGCUAUGGGCGUUAAUGAUGUGCUCAAGUUUUUAGCCACUGGGAUUGACCCGCCUUCUGCUAGUGCUUUAAGUAAGUCUGAACAGAUGUUGAUAACUGCAGGAUUACUAGAUGACUCAGAAAAAUCUCUAACGGAACUUGGAAAAUAUAUUAGUAUACUACCUGUAAUGGAUAGCAAACAUGGUAAAUUGUUGAUAUACUCCAUAAUAUUUGGAUGUACGGAUAUUGGUGUUUUAAUUGCCUCAGUUUUAAGCGCCGGAUCUACACCUUUUAUAGGGACCUUUGAAAACAGAGAUAAAAUAAAAGCUAUCCUCUUGCAGCACAAGCAAAGAGGUGACUUAUUAGCUACCGUUGAAAUUGUGCGCCAGUACCUAUCAAUUACCGAUAAUACAGUAAAAAGGAAGUUUAUGAUAGAUAAUGUACUGUCCUAUAAUAAAAUCAAAGAGAUUUUGUCAUCUAGGAGCCAAUUUUAUGCCAUAUUAGAAGACGUCGGCUUUCUCCCAAUGAAAUACAAGCCUGGAUCUAUUGAACACCUCAACAAAAAUGGCGGCAAUCUUGAUAUUCUAAAAUGUGUUUUAACGGGAGCUUUCUACCCGCAGGUUGCGCGUGUCCAGUUACCGGAUCCAAAGUUUAUGGCUACCAGUUCUGGAUCGUUAGAGAUAGAUCCAGAAGCACGAAUGACAAAAUACUGGAUCCGGAAUGAAGAAUACAUAGACCAAUUGGAAUCGACAGAAGAUGACUCUGCAGUAUCCAACCAAAGACUGCCUGCUACACGAGCCUUCCUCCAUCCUUCCUCCGUCGUAUUUUCUUCAGAUAACUCGACAAACCCGGAAAAGAUAGUCGCAAUGGAUGCAUCUGUAGCCCCGUCAGCAACGAAAGGUAAAAUAAGCCCUUUCAAGGCACCUUUCGUUGUAUACUGCUCAGCACACGUCACGUCAAAAUUUUACUUAAACUACAUCACCCCCACGUCCACCCUAGCCCUACUACUCUUUGGCGGGCCUAUCCGGUACGAUACCAACGGCAGCGUCCAUUCCCCUGGCAUUGUAGUGGACAACUGGCUCCCAAUCCGGACCUGGUGCAAAAAUGGCGUCCUAAUCAAAGAAUUAAGAGCCCUGCUGGAUCAAACCAUCAAGAAAAAACUAGACAACCCUAAUACCGCCUUCAGAGCAACACAGGGAGAGUCACAAAACGAGAUUCUGGACCUUGUUGAAACCGUCAUUCGGCAGUGA